AUGCCAUACGGACACCAGGAAAUUGACCUUCUGCCUUCUGUGAGAUAUAGUUUCCAUCAAGAUCAUUCCGCCUUAACGCUGCCGAAGAUGACCACCGAUGAUUCUGAUCGAGGUGGCGACCCAGAAUAUCCUCACGAAGCUCAAAAGCCUCCUUCCGACACGAGUUUGCCCGUCGCGAUGGAUGUUACAAACGGCACAGGAAGGAAAGGUGCCAGCAUCUCCUCAGCAAACGGAGUCGAUGGUCCCAGCGCGCCUGGUAGUCCGACUCCUCCAUUGAGGCAGAGCAAAAUUGAGCACCAGUUAGAACCCCAUUUACAUGGCGAGUUUGUACCAGUCCAUGGUCCUGCGUCAUCUGAAGAGCAAUCGUCAGCGUCUGAGCAGGUAGGGAGUCAACCUCCCGCCCACUCGACGCAAACCACGAACAUCGACAUGACGCCCGAGGACCUAGAACAAAUCUGGGAGUGGAACAGCACUGUUCCGGCAGCAGUAGAACAGCGUGUUUGUGAUUUGAUCGAAAAGAGAGCCCAAGCCCAGCCCAGUGCUCCCGCUAUUUGCGCCUGGGAUGGGCAGUUGACACACGGUGAACUGAACCAGCUUGCCACCAAGUUAGCAUCGAGGCUCGUUGGCCUUGGGAUUAGACCGGAUACCUUUGUGCCCCUAUGCUUUGAAAAGUCUAUGUGGACUACCGUUGCCCUAGUUGGGGUCAUCAAAGCCGGCGGUGCCUUUGUUCUACUUGAUCCAUCCCUUCCGGAGCAACGCCUGCAAGGCAUUAUCACGCAGCUCAACGCCAGCGUGGUUCUAACCUCAGCUGCUAAUCAUGAGAUGACUUCGCGGCUGGCACAAAUAGCAACUGUCCUCGAUUGGAGCUUCUUUACAGCCACUGGCUUCGACGGCAUUGAGGAGACGAACCAGCAAGCCGAACCCCAUCCAGCCAGUCCGGAAUCGCUCCUGUAUGCAGUCUUUACAUCAGGCAGCACUGGUGUGCCAAAGGGCGUCCUCAUAACUAACACGAACGCUGCUUCGGCUCUCCACUAUCAGGUAAAGAAUAUGGGGAUCAGCGAGCAUUCACGAAUAUUCGAUUUUGCGUCGUACAGCUUUGAUGUGUCCGUUAGCAACGUGCUCACAGCUUUAAGUGCUGGCGGCUGCCUAUGCGUCCCCAGCAACGAAGACCGCAGCAAUAAUCUAGAGCAGAGCAUCGCAUCAUUGAGAGCCACUGUGCUUGAUAUAACACCAUCGAUUGCCCACGUGCUAUCCCCAGAUAGAAUACCUACAGUCAAGACACUUAUUUUCGGAGGAGAGGCCCUGCAUCUUCGGGAUAUCGAACCCUGGUGGGGGAAGGUUCGGAUCAUUCACAUCUACGGGCCUUGCGAAUGCACACCAACCAGCACGAUUAACUACGAUAACGACGGCGCCGCGAGCCCAGAAGAGGCAGUCCAUAUCGGAAAGGGUGUGGGACUGGUGAGCUGGAUAGUUGAUCCGGAAGACCACAGCAUACUCCUGCCGCCUGGAUGCGCCGGCGAGUUAUUGCUCGAAGGCCCCCUUGUUGGUCGAGGGUAUCUGAAUGACCCGGCAAAGACUGCGGAUGCGUUCAUCGAGGACCCGGUGUGGCUGCUUCGCGGCUCGUCAACCCGUCCUGGGCGACGUGGAAGGCUCUACAAGACGGGUGACUUGGUCCGAUACACUGAAGAGGGGUACCUGCAAUAUGUUGGCCGGAAGCAGGCUACUCAAGUUAAGAUCCGAGGUCAGCGGCUGGAGCUCGGGGAAAUCGAGCACACACUUCGUAAUCAUGCCUAUGUAGACGAGGCUGUUGCCGUCUUGCACCGCGAAGACGGGCAGGAGUCCCACAUUGUCAGCUUUGUAACCUUGCGUGACACUGCAGCCGAGGAGCAGCUGGAAGAGGGCGAGGAGGAAGCCCAGCAGUCGCUCACCAAUCAGCUAUCGUUGCAACAGAGGAGGCGGAAGGCUCAAGACGAGCUGUAUGCUCUGCUAAAGUCUCAGCUCCCGGCUUAUAUGGUUCCCCAAGCGAUCGAAGUUCUGGACAGUAUGCCUCUCAACAGGAGCGGCAAGAUUGACCGGCAGAUGCUCAUCCAGGGCCUGAAAGGCCGCCGAACCACAGUACGAGAUGCUGAUGCUGUGCGGCAGCCGACGUUGGAAGCACAGCGGCAGAUGCAGGAAAUUUGGGCGCGAGUCCUGCGCAUUGAAGCUUCCACGAUCGGGCUGGAUGACAAUUUCCUUCAUCUGGGCGGCAGUUCGAUCUCAGCUAUGAAAUUAGUGACUGAGGCUCAAAAGAUGGGCAUGAAUCUGACCGUCGCCGACAUAUUUCGCUAUCCGGUGCUGCAUGAGCUGGUCAACCAGAUCCGCCAUGAACCCCUGGUUGACCAGGCUCGGCACUUCAUUGCGCCAUUUGCCCUCAUAGAUGCUGGCGGUGAUUUGGGUGCUGUUCUUGGGGAUAUCUGCAAUCAGUACAAGCUGGGCCAUAUGGAUAACCGCACCAAUAUACUCGAUGCCUAUCCGUGCACGCCCCUGCAAGAAGGCCUAAUGUCCCUGACGUCAAUGAGUCCAGGGUCUUAUAUCGGGCAAAACGUACUUGAAUUGUCUCCUGGGAUCUCAGUCGAGAAGCUGCGUGCAGCAUGGGAGCAAGCAGUCCGCCAGCUGCCGAUUCUUUCGACCAGAAUAGUCCAGCAUGACCGCAUUGGCCUAGUCCAGGUCGUGGUCGACACGCCUAUACACUGGAUUGAAGCAGAUUCCUUGGACGACUAUCUCAACUUCGAUAUCAUGCAGCCCAUGGACUUGGGCCAGCCGCUUGUACGGUACGCUCUGGUCAAAGAUGGCACGGGAACCCCCAAGUGGUUUGUGUGGACUACACACCACGCGAUCUACGACGGGUGGUCGAUGCCCCUCGUCUUGAACGCUGUGAACAGUAUCGCGCGCGAUGAGCCAGUCGAACAGGGGCCGCAGUUCCAAGCUUUCAUCAAAUAUGUCACGGAGCAAGACGAGGAGACGAUGAAGAACUACUGGCGCCAUGUUUACGAUGACUGCCAGUGUACGCCCUUCCCCAGUCUCCCACCGCACAUUGAGCAGCCCACGGCAGAUGGAUUCAUUGAGCAUUCCUUCUCACUGCCUCAGAGCAAUCAUCUGGGCGUUACGCCGCCCAUAAUUAUACGCGCUGCGUGGGCCUUGCUUGUUGGUCGGAUGAACAGUACGGAUGACGUCGUCUUUGGCGUCACACUAUUUGGAAGAAACGCACCGCUUGCGGGCAUCGAGAUGAUGACAGGCCCGACCUUUGCAACGGUCCCCGUACGCAUUAAGUGGGACAGCAGUGACAGGGCUGCGCAUUACCUGAAUGUGGUCCAAGAACAGGCAAUGAGCAUGAUUCCCUAUGAGCAGAUAGGCCUGCACAGACUUGCCCAAGUCAGCCCUGGAGCACGACAAGCAUGCAUGUUCCAGACCCUGCUCGUUGUGCAGCCGCCGGAUGCCAGUGGAACCUCGGACGUGUUUGGUAGGUGGAGGAACGAUCUGGAUCGAGGAAGCCGCUUUGAUUCAUACGGCCUGAUGCUUAUCGUGCAACUCGGGGUGGACCAGGCAAGCGUCGCAGCUUCGUUCGACUCCAGGAUGAUAGAUCCAUGGCUGGUAGGAAAGCUACUGAGGCGGUUGGGGCAUGUGGUCUCCCAGCUAGCUCGGGCAAGUCCAGAGCUGUCCCUUUCAGGGGUCGAAACAACAACGCCUGAGGACCUGCAGCAGAUCUGGAGAUGGAACCAGGCAGUUCCAGCAGCCACACAGCAGUGUGUCCAUCACAUGUUUGAGCAGCGGGCUCAAUCCCAGCCCAGGGCUCCUGCCGUGUGUGCGUGGGACGGGGAGUGGACAUAUGGUCAGCUUGACGAAGCGUCGACGCGGCUAGCACAUUAUCUAGCUGGCCUUGGUGUUAGACCAGGAGGGCUUGUGCCUCUCUGCUUUGAGAAGUCCCGCUGGACACCAGUCGCGGUGCUGGCGGUGAUGAAGGCUGGGGGAGCGUCAGUGGCCAUGGACUCGACCCAGCCAGAGGAGCGUCUUCGUACAGUCGUGCAACAGACGGAGCCUGAACUGGUGCUUGUGCUGUCAUCGUCAGCCAACCGCGAGUUGGCGAGUCGCUUGAGCAGCCAGCCGGUUGUCGUAGUCGACGAGAGCCUCCUAGACACACUGAGCCGGACAAAUGCAGGCGGGGAACUUCUACCGGUGACUCCAUCGGACAGGCUCUACGUCGCCUUCACGUCCGGUAGCACUGGGGUGCCCAAGGGGGCUGUCAUUACGCAUUCCAAUUUCAGCUCGGCCAUCCAGCAUGUGCGUGCCUCGAGUGUCACCAGGAUCGAGCACACGGCGAGGGUAUACGACUUCGUCUCAUACGCGUUUGACAUUUCCUGGUUCAACGUCCUGCAGUCCCUGACGAACGGGGCAUGCCUAUGCAUUCCCUCCGAGGCUGAUCGAAGGGAUGACCUUGCGGGAUCCAUCCACCGACUACGGGCCACGUUUGCCAUCUUGACCCCGUCAACCGCGCGCCUUCUCCCCUCCGAGACGGUUCGGCAGCUGCAGACGCUGAUGCUAGCUGGCGAGGCGCUGCCAUCCCAGUCCGCAAGACGGUGGGCUGGGUUGACCCAGGUGAGAAACGGGUACGGCCCCUGCGAAUGCACUCCUAUCACCACCGCCGCAGCCAUCGACCAGGACAGUGUCGUCGCAUCUAGCAUAGGCAGUGGUGUCGGCGUCAACACAUGGGUAGUACAGGUCUCCAACGACAACCACCUGGCCCCCAUCGGCGAUGUUGGCGAGUUGGUGCUCGAGGGUCCCCUGGUCGGCUCUGGCUAUCUCGGCAAUGCCGAAAAGACCGCGGCGGCCUUCAUCCGGGAUCCAGCCUGGCUUCAGCGCGGCGCCCCGGGCCACGCCGGCCGUCAAGGGCGCCUCUACAAGACGGGCGAUCUGGUGCGGUACAGCCCCGACGGCAGCCUGGUCUUUGUCGGACGCCAGGAUGCCACACAGGUCAAGAUCCGCGGACAAAGAGUCGAGCUGGGAGAGGUGGAACACUAUGUCCAUGCCUGCUUCCCAUCGGCCAGACAGGUGGCUGCCGAGGUGAUUGUGCCUACUGAUGGCGAAGGCCACGAAAGACCAACACUGGCGGCAUUCCUUGUGGUUGACAAUGAAGGAGGCUCGCCUCCAGCGGCCCAAGUCAUGAGCAUUCCGGCCGACGUCGACCGUGAGAUUUCGAAGCGUCUGCCGGCCUACAUGGUUCCCACCGCAUACUUCUCGCUCAACAACCUUCCCCUCAACAGCUCUGGAAAGCUAGAUCGGCGUCGCCUGCGGGAGAUUGGCUCCAGCUUCACCGUCCAGCAGCUUGUCGACCUGCGAAACGCGUCCUCCCUCAGCGACAACAAGCGUGCCCCGGCUACCGAGACGGAACGUGUCCUUCAACAGAUAUGGGCUCGCGUGCUCAGCAUCGAUGCCGCUAGCAUUGGCGUGGACGACAGUUUCUUGCACCUGGGUGGCGACUCCAUCACAGCGAUGCAGGCAUCAGCAGCUGCGCGGCGGUUCAACAUGGCCAUCUCAACAGCGGACAUCAUGCGCAGCAAGACCAUCUCCAUGCUGGCGGCAUCUGCCUCCGCAUCACAGCACCAGUUGCUCGACGAGGAUACUGCUGGCGCCGAGGAGGACGGCCAGCCCUUCGGCAUGAGCCCCAUCCAGCAUCUUUAUGUAGCGAUACAGCCAGAUCCAAGGUGGUGUUUCGACCAGAGCUUUUUGCUGAAGCCGCGCGAGCGCAUCUCCCUGACCAGUUUGGCAAAGGCUAUUGAGACGAUUGUCGCGAGGCAUCCCAUGCUCCGGGUUCGCUUCGCCCAGACAAGUCCGGGUCGGUGGAAGCAGCGCGUUGUGGACGAUAUACAUACCUCGUUCCAUCUUUGCCAGGUGCUGGGCACAGCGUCCACCACUGGGUCGACGAAGGCGGGCGAUAUGCGUCGAUGUCGCGAAAGGCUCAACAUUCAGACCGGCCCUCUUCUCGCGGCCGUGCUGUUCGACGACGCCGAAGGCCAAAGCCUGUUUAUUGCAGCACAUCACCUGGUCAUCGAUCUCGUCUCCUGGCGCAUCCUACUCGACGAGUUCGAGGUGCUUCUGACUGGACACCAACUGCCCCCAGCUCCUGCGACCAGCUUCCGGACGUGGUGCUCCCUCCAAGCACAAUAUGCAGCUGAAUACCUUGAUCCCCAGGAAGCGGCAUCAAGUCCAGUCCGGCCGCCGUCCACCUCCUCGUACUGGGGCUUGGAUAUGCGAGAAAAUGUCCACGGAGCAACUGCAUCAAGACAGUUUGUGCUCGAUGAGGCGUCCAGCGCCGCGAUUAUGGGCCCCUGCAACGAGGCAUUUGGCACACGACCGGUCGAGCUCAUGAUCGCAGCUCUCGUUCAUUCCUUCUCCGUCGUCUUCGUGGACCGGCCUCCGCCCACAGUAUUCAAUGAGGGCCAUGGCCGCGAGCCAUGGGAUGACCGCAUUGACCUCUCUCGCACGGUGGGAUGGUUCACCACCAUCUUCCCUGCGUUCACGCCAAGUAGAACAGCAGCUGUGGAAUUGCUGGACGCUGUACGUCAUGCUAAGGACUCUGUCAGGAGCCUGCCGAAGAACGGAUGGUCAUACUUCACGUCCAAGUUCGCAGAUGAGACCAAGGCUGCAACUAGUGCUGCCGCCUUCCCCGUCGAGGUCUUGCUCAACUUUGCUGGCUCUUACCAGCAGCUCGAACGAGAAGGCUCAUUCUUCCAGAGUCUUUCGACAGCAGAGUGCCCCUCUCCUGAGUCCUGGUCGAACCUGCGCCGUCUCGCACUCUUCGAAUUCAACGGCCACAUGGAUAAAGGUCGACUCGCCAUGUCUCUCGAGUAUCCCAACGGCAUGCACCACAGCGAUCUGAUCGAGGCUUGGAUGGAGACGUAUGAAGCUACGUUGACGCACCUGAGUACGCUACUGAAGGACAGGCCGGCGGAAUGGACCCUAUCCGACUUUCCCAUGGCUUUCACGUCCUACGCGGACAUGCACGAGUUCCAGUCCGUCGUGAUGCCCCAACUAGGCAUCACGAGUGUGCAAGAAAUCGAGGACAUCUACCCCUGCAGCGGCUUGCAAGAGGGUCUGCUCGUCGCCCAAGGCAAGUCCUUCAGCGAUUAUCGGGUCAUGCUCAGUUUUGAAAUCGCAGCCACCCAGGCCCCUGGCGACUGUGUUGACCUAUCGAGGAUUGAGCGGGCUUGGGKGGCCGUCGUGCGGCGACACGCGCUCCUGCGUGCUGUGCUGGUGGACAUCAUGCCUGGAACCAGCAGGACAAUGCACGUUAUCCUGAAAGAUUUUACACCCAGUAUUUCCUAUGACCGUGKGCCCAACGGAGACCACGAGCUGGGCAUGAAGUAUGGAAAGUAUGACCCCCAGCACCGCUUGUCGCUCUCGAGGAUCGACGAAAAGCACGUCCAUCUCUGCUUCGAGCUGAGCCAUGCCAUUCUGGAUGGACACUCCACGGGCGUAUUGCUUCACGAUUUCUGGCAAGCAUACGAUGGGCCACUUACGUCGGAUGGUCCGUUGUACGGCGACUUUAUCAGAUACGUCGAGACACGGCCACGGGAUGCUGAUCGGGAAUUCUGGGUCAAGUACCUGGACGGUGUGCAACCAUGCCUCUUUCCGGGCCCAGAAGCAGCAGCAAGCGAGCAAACACGGGACUUCAUAGUCGCGGUGCCGGGGCUUGACGCAUCUGGGAUCCAUGACUUCUGUUCCAAGUGGGAAGUCACAGCAGCUUCGGUCAUCCAGACCGCAUGGGCCCUCGUGCUGCAUCACUACACGGGCAGCGCAUCCCCCUGCUUUGGAAACCUGGCAUCUGGUCGCCACGUGCCUGUUGACAGGGUUGGGGAUAUGUUUGGGCCUGUUAUUAACAUGAUACCCUAUCGGGUGCACCUUCGCGGAGAUCAGUCGGUCGUUGCGACGCUGCGGGAAGCGCAAACAGGUUUUGUCAACAGCCUAUCACAUCAGACUCCGCUAAUGGAAAUUCACGAAGCCCUUCACGUAGGCUCACCGGGACUGUUUAACAGCAUCCUGAGCUUCCAACGAGAUAUCCAGCAGCCCAGUCAAUCCGCGGAUGGACAUACCAUACAGGAGCGAGGCGGGUACGAUCCAGUAGAGUACCCCAUUUCCCUGAGCGUCCGUGAUAACGGUACGGACGUGUCCAUUGAGCUGAGUUUCAAACCUGGCUUUAUAGCAAGCGACGAGGCUGAGCGGGUGGCGAGAGCCCUGGGAGCCACUGUGCUCUCGCUCAUCAGCGAUCCUGACCUAAAAGUCAGCAGUGUAAACCUUUUACCGGGUGAUGACUUGGAGCAGCUGUGGGCUUGGAAUUCAGAGGUGCCCAGGGCAGAGGAGACGCUUGUCCACAGUCUCGUCGAAGAGCAAGCCAGACGGCGACCCGAUGCAGCAGCUGUCUCUGCGUGGGACGGCGAGCUGACGUACAAGGAGCUCGACAGGCUUGCAGAUCGUCUUGCGCGACACCUCGCGUCCAUGGGGGUUGGACCUGGCGCUCUGGUUCCCUUAUGCUUUGAAAAGUCCGUAUGGACGCCUGUCGCUGCGCUCAGCGUACUCAAGACUGGUGCCGGGUUUGCACUGCUCAGUCCCUCACUUCCUGAGCAGCGUCUCCGGUCUAUUGUCCAGCAGCUAGAAGCAGGGGUCAUCUUGUCUUCAUCCUCGAAUUUGGAUCUCAGUUCGAGGUUGUUGCAGACUGUUGUCGAGGUUGGACCGGAGUCGCCUGGUGUCCUCGAGUGCACCACCACGGAGGAGCAGACUCUGCGCACUGAGACCCCGUCCGCGCCAAUGUAUGCUGUCUUCACAUCAGGAAGCACAGGCACGCCGAAGGGCGUGGUACUAUCACAUCGCAAUUUCUGUUCGGCCUUGAGGCACCAGUCGCACCUCCUUGGCUUCAACGAACGUUCCCGAGUAUUCGACUUUGCAUCGUACGCCUUUGACAUCUCAGUUCACAACCUCUUCGCCACACUCGCUACAGGAGGAUGCUUGUGUAUCCCAGCAGAGAAGGAUCUGUGGGAUAACAUCAGCGGGUCCAUGGCGGAUUUCAAGGCCACGCUUGUCGAUCUGACACCGUCAGUGGCGCGUCUCAUAGAUCCAGCUACGGUGCCUGAAAUCGAGACCAUAAUUCUGGCUGGAGAGGCAGUCUCCAUUGAUGACGCGAAACGAUGGUGGCGCAAGGCAAGUCUUGUGAAUGCCUACGGACCUGCUGAAUGCAACUUCAGCACCAUAAACUGGCGGCAAUCUUGCGCCGAGGAGGCCACACUUAUAGGCAAAGGAGCCGGGAUAGUUACUUGGGUUGUUGACCCCGAAAACCAUGACUUGCUGCUGCCGCCCGGAUGCAUUGGCGAGCUCCUCGUUGAGGGGCCCCUGGUUGGUCUCGGCUACCUAGGUGACAAGGACAAGACUGAUGCAGCGUUCAUCGAGGACCCUGCAUGGCUGCUCGCGGGUUCCCCAGGCAAGCACUCAGGCCGACAAGGCAGACUCUACAAGACAGGCGACUUGGUACGGUAUAAUGCAAAUGGCGACCUGGUGUUUAUCGGCCGCAAGCAGGAUACUCAAGUCAAGGUCCGCGGGCAGAGGGUUGAACUAGGGGAGGUCCAGCACUGGGUCCAGAAGUACAUGCCAGAGGCAACCCACGUCGUGGCCGAUGUCCUUAAGCUGCAAGGGGAUAGCUCGCUGCUUGUUAUAUUCCUCCAACUCAAUGACAAGCCAACAGAGCGAGACGAGCUUGGUGCUACCGUAAAGAUCCUUCCUGUCCCACCGGAGGUGGAGGGCAAGCUGGCCGAACAUCUGCCAGCCUACAUGAUACCAUCGGUUCUCUUCUCCCUGUCCAGGCUCCCAAUGACGGCGACAGGCAAAACUGACCGGCGACGGCUGCGGCACAUAGGAGCCCAGUUUACCAUCGAGCAGCUCGCUGAAGUGCGGAGAGCUGGACGCGGGGCCAAGCGGCAACCUACCUGCGAAGAAGAGAGGAUGAUGCAGAAUAUCUGGGCCAAGGUCUUGAAUAUUGGUGCAAACAUGAUUGGCUUGGACGAUAGCUUCUUCCGCCUGGGUGGCGACUCUAUUUUGUCGAUGCGGCUCGUCAGCGAGGCUCGCAAGGUUCGCAUGAAUGUGACGGUGGCAGACGUUUUCCGCCACGAAACCCUGGCAGCGUUGGUGCGUGGGCAGGCUCUGGAUGGGGCAGAGAUCGUUAGGCAACCUGACGAGGCGGUGCUCGUUGAUUCCUGUACAAGGAAAGAUCUCCUGGAGGAGGUCGACUCCAUGGGCCUAGGGCUCCGCUCUGAAGACGUUGCAGCCAUUCGGCCUGUAACCAGCGUCCAGGAAAGGUGCUUCGUAGAGGGAAUUUAUCCCGUAUCCUGCGUCAAAGGACACAACGCUGUUGAUGCGACGACUUGCGGACGCUUUGCGAACUACAUGUACCUGGAUUUGGGCGCCGAUGCCGACGUCUCUCAUUUGGAGGCGGCCUGCACUCAGACUCUAGACAGGUUUCCCAUCCUUCGUGCUUGUUUCCUGUGGCUUCAGGGGAAGCUCUGGCAGGUCGUGCUCAAUCAAAUCAAGCAUCCUUUCCGCGUGCAGGAUGUCAGUGAGGAUCUUGACGUAGCCCUCCGCGACUUCUGCCUCGGUGAUGCUCACACGGUCUCCCCGACUCAACCUCCUCUCGCUGUAGUGCUCCUUAGACGCAAGGGGCACGGCAUGCGUCUAGUGAUUCGCAUCUCCCAUGCCCAGUAUGACGGCAUUUGCCUCCCUACCAUUGUUCAGUCGUUCCUGAACGGCAAUAAUGUGGCAAACCCUGCGCCCCCGACGUUCUCCACGUUCCUGUCGUAUGCCUCCCGUCGACGCUCCCAGUCGCUGUCUUACUGGACAGAGCUGCUACGAGGGUCACGCCCGACUGGUCUACGCAAACAUCUUCUUGCGCAGAGAGUUCUCGAGAAGCCGCAGCUAAAGGCAAUUCAUCUUCGCGCAGAGACAAAGCUCCCCCGCCUUCCGAACAAGAUCACUCCAGCAACUCUAGCAAGUGCUGCAUGGGCGCUGCUCCUAUCACACUUGACUGGCCAAGACGACGUCGUCUACGGACACCUGGUGGCAGGCCGCAACUCGGCAAUUCCAGGCGUCGAGGAGAUUGUCGGGUGCUGUCUUGACUAUAUCCCCGUACGAGUGAAGCAGCUCACAUCGCCAUCUCAGACACCAGCUGGCCUGCUGCGAUCCGUUCAGGAGCAGUUCCUCGCCGUCGGGGAAGCAGACUCCCUUGGCUACAAGGAGAUCAUACAGAACUGCACCGACUGGCCCGCCUCCGCAGGGUCAGCCUUUUUUGAGUCGACAAUCCAACACCAGAACAUUGACGAGCACCCGGAUAUUCGAGUUCCUGGUGGCGGUGCAUCGCGUGUGCAGUUUUUCCAGAACCCUCAUCUCGUGCCCAUGUCCAUACACAUGGUCUCGUACACCCAAGGCGAUACGUUCCUCGUCGAGCUCGCGAGCAAUACUCACAUCAUGGCCGUGGAGACAGCUCGUGCCAUGGUCGACGGACUAGUUAGAAUUUUUCGGAAACUGGACACUGACAUGGACACACCACUGUCCUCGUGGACGAAGGACAUUUGUUUAGUUGGCUGA